CAAUUUUACUUCAAGGAGGUGGUUGAGACCUGUCUCUUACUUGCGUUGCCUUUGGGGCGAAGGUGCAGUGGCGGUACCUCCGUAUCUGUCUACGAUCGUUGUACGGAACAUAAACCACUUUCCAAUCGCAUUUCCUUUGCUCGAGGGUGGUAGUUGUUCGCUUUUCUUGAAUACGAAACACUCCGGAUUGCAAACCAAAAGCCGGACCAUCUACAACGGUCGGCGUUUGUGGCCAUUCGGGACGCGAAGAGAUAUCACACCGUGGUGGGUCAAUAUACGAGGGAGGAACUAUUACCAUCUCGUCCGGGAGACAUAUACCUCGAUCGAAAUCCAACACGGAAAACUUAUUGAGCACAAACAACAACAACAAAGCCCGUCAUACACCCGAUAUAUCUGCGUCCUACGUACCUACCUUGGGAGAGGUCGAGCAAAAAUGGCACCCCGCCCACGAAAUCGAUUCAACAACAAUUACCAACCCGACGACAUCAUAAGCCACAACAUCGGUGACUCCUCGUCCUCCUCGCCGCUCACUGGCGCCAAUACAAUCAGUCGCAACAGGAACGACCACAACAACCAUCUCAACUCCGGUUUGUCCAAGGGCGCCGUCAUCGGUAUCAUCGUCGCUGGCGUGGUUGUCAUUCUCGCCAUCGUAGCCGUCGUGAUUGUGCGCCUCCGCCGACGAAGAACUGGUGGGUCAUACCGUGCCGCCGACGCCGGAGGAGGGUUCAACACCCGUGAAGCACCGAUCAAGGAAACGGAAGAGCUCAAGCCUGGGCACGAAAACGAAACCGAAAACGCCGCGACCCAGGGACUCUUGAGACACGCCGACGCACCGGCGAUUGUGGCAUGGGACGCGGACGAAGACCGAGAACUCCAGAACGCGGGAGGCACUCAGGACGGGUUCGCCUACGGUCGGGGCGGGAUGAUACAGAGACCGAGACCUGCCAGCGUGGCGAGUUUCUCGAGUUUGAGCACGAGCGUGGCGCCCCCGCCGAGGUACGAGGAGGCGACGGCCUCGUCCUCGUCUUCGGGGCCCGGGGCGGCGGCCCGGAGGAACUCGGACGGUGGACUGAGGCCGUCGAUGUUGGACGACGGCGAUCAGGAAGUCGGUAGAGGUCGAUCACCGUCAAGAGAGCGUGGACCUAGUACGGAUCGAGCUGGUGGAGGAGGGUCGAGGCCGAGGAGCGUCAAUGGGGACCGAAGACGGAGCGUGUCGAGGUUCACAGAAGAAGGAAUGGUGGACUUGAAUUUGAUCUCGAACAGAUGAGUGAAGCAGACUCAGCGCCUAUACUAAUAUUCUAUAAGAUGACUUUUCAGCCCAUGCUUGAUGGUUUGGGAGUUUGGAGUUUUGAGAUCAGAAUCAAACAUGGUUUGAUUGGUA